AUGUUAGUUGUCUCGGAAUGUCUAUCUUCUAAAAAUGUAUUGACAUUACGUACAUACAUGGAUGAUAAAGAUGAUGCUAAAAGUUUUAUUAGGAAAUUUGGAAAAUUUGAUGAUAGUUAUUGGAUACAAGGUAAUAGGUUGAAUAAAGGAAAUAGUAGUCGGUUUGUAAUGCAUAACAAAUGGGUGUGCAGUUUUAGUUCACAUAGAAAAGUGGAAAGCAGUAAAAAAAACCAAAAAUGUGAUGCAUUUAUUGAUAUUUUGAUAAAAAUUGUGACAAAAGGAUCUAAGAAAAAUGAUGAAUACUUAAAAAGAGACCCUCCUCUAAACACUGUUAUUAAAAUUAAUCCUUUUCAUAGCCAUAACUGUGGUAGUGCUGAUGCUCUAAAGCGAUUAUUUAUUGAUCCAGAAGUAAAAUCUGUUUUUCUAAAAUAUUUUGCUGAUGGACUUUCUCCUAGUCAAGCAAUGAAACAGAAUAUAUCUAGACUUCGUACUCUUCCAAAUUAUAUAGUUUCAUUGGCUAAUGGUGCAUUGAACCCAAGACCUUGGACUAUAUAUAGACUGUGGCAUAAAUAUUUGGAAGAAAACUAUGGAAGUUUUAAGGAACCUUUUGAGAGAUUGGAAGAAAAAAUCCCAGAUUAUUUAAACCAAGGCAUACAUGUUGUAAUGGAUAAAACAGAUCCAUGGGUAGUCCUUGUUGUAACACCAUUAAAUGAAAGAGCACAAAAACUGAAAAAUAGUUCUGAAAUCAUAUUUAUGGAUUCAACUUCUAGCUGUGAUGUGUCCAUGGCAUCUGUUACUGUUCUCUUAACAGCUACAAAGGGAGGUGCAGUGCCAAUUGGGGUUUUAAUUCAUAAGCAACAAACGGCUGUGGCCUAUGAAAAGGGAUUUAAAAUGCUAAUGGAUAAUUUUCCCUUAUGUUUCAAUGGAUUAACGUAUCCAAAAAUUAUAAUGACAGACGAUUCCAUGGCUGAAAAAAAGGCAAUUCAAGAAAUUUGGCCUCAAACCACUCAGAUUCUCUGUAUAUUUCAUUUUUUACAAGCCGAAUGGCGAUGGUUGAUGUCUUCUAGUAGUAAUAUAUUACCUGUUAACAGGCAACAGUUGAUGCAACUUUUUAGAAAAGCUGUAUACGCUAAGAACCAUGAAGAUUUUCAAGAUGUAGUUAAUGAAAUUAAUCAUUUGGAAGGAAAUCAAUCAUUCAAAGAUCGCUUUAAUGAAAAUUUAAAAAGAAGUCAGGAAUGGUCAAUGAGUUAUAGAAAUGAAAAUCUUAUAACUCGUAAUAAUCAAACCAAUAAUUAUUCAGAGGCAACAAUUAGAAUUCUGAAAGAAAUUAUUUUAGAACGUACUAAAGCAUAUAAUGUUGUUGCAUUGGUUGAGUUUAUUUCAAUAAUUUGGGAUAAAUAUUUUAUUAAUCGUUUGUUAGAUUUUGCUUACAAUAGGAGGAAUCAAAAAGACUAUGAAUUACAAUUGACAAAAAUGAAAUCAGUUGACCCGAAUUCUAUAUUACAGAUUGAUGAAUUUUUAUAUAAAGUUCCAAGCUCUAAAGAUAGCAAAAAGUUUUAUGAUGUAAAUACCAUUAUUGGGUGGUGUAGUUGUUACAGUGGCAAACAAGGAGGGUUUUGUAAACACCAAGCUUUAUUAAAACAAUAUUAUGAUAUUGAAUUUCCAAAUAGCCCAGUAACUGAUUCAAAUGAAAGGCAUAAACUUGCCUUAUUAGCUCUGGGAAUCAGAGAUUGCCCUCCAAAACCAUUUUUUGAGGAUCUGAAUGAGUUGCCAACACCACAAACUUCCAUUAUGGAAAAAGAAAAUUUGAAGACAACUAGAGAAAAAACAAACUUACAGUUAUGUUAUAAAGAUUUUUCAAAUAAUUUACAAGAUGGUGAUAUUGAAAAUGAUCCAAAUAUUAGACCUUCAAUACCUCUGAAUAAUAAUCAGUCAUUAAAUGACAAAUUCACAGAGAAAUGGGAAGAUUUUACUAACUCAAUUAAUAGACUUGGUGAAUUACUACAACAAGAUGUAUCUGAAACAUCAAUAAGACAUUUAUCAGUUUUUACAAAAAAAAUUAAAAACAUUGAUACAACAUCUCAAGCUGUAGAUUUUAUAAUAAAUAAUUCUUCAAGUUCUAAACGAGGAAGAAAUAUCCGAGUACAACCAACAUCUGUGGCUAGAAGAAGAGGAACAUAUAAAGGUAAUCAUCGGAUUGGUCCUGGUAGACCACCUACAGAAAAGAGUACUGCAGGAAGAAAUUCUCUUUUGAAUAAAAAUAAAAAGAAAGUGGUUAAACGUAAACAUAACUUAGUACAAAGUAUCACUAAUAAUCAAGCAAACGCUAAAUGUAAACAAAUUUAA